GGAUCGAAUUUAAACAAUAAAAUGUUUGAAACUGCUCAGCUCACGUACGCAUAAGUAUUUUAGUAGCAGCAAAUCGUAAAUAAUACCACUGUUUGGUAGCAAAAAUAACUAUAAUUCUUUAUUUGAAUUAAAAUAUUAAAAAAUAUAUUAUUUAAAAUAUUUAUUUAAACUUUUUAAAGUUAAUCAAUUCAUCAGCAUGAUAAUUUCUUCUGUGUACAAUCCGAAGAUUGAAGCUCAUAUAGACAAAAAACUAUUAUUGUUUAAUUUUGAUAUAUCAAAGUUAUCAAUUAGUUUUCAAUUCCUUCUCUGCGUCGGUGGAGUGUUUUUAUGUUAUCUUCCAUAUGGCUAUUUUCAAGAGUUCUUGUUCAGUAUACCCUUAUUCAAACCAUACGGAUGGUACUUAACAUUAGUGCAGUUUGCUAUCUAUGCAAUAUUAGCUUUUCUUCAAUCAACAUUUUUGGAAGAAGAAAAGCAAAGAAGGAUUCCUUUGAAAAUAUAUUGCAUUUUGGCUCUCCUUGCUAUUGGAACUAUCGGAAUGUCAAAUAAGUCACUUGGUUAUGUUAAUUAUCCAACACAAGUCAUAUUUAAGUGCUGUAAAUUAAUUCCUGUCAUGUUGGGUGGCAUUGUAAUACAAGGAAAAAGAUACAACCUAUUAGAUUUUACAACAUGCAUUUUAAUGAGUAUUGGCUUAUCUCUAUUUGUACUUGCUGACUCUACUGUAUCACCAGAAUUCAGCUAUAUAGGUGUAUUAUGCUUGAGCAUUGCUUUAUGUGCUGAUGCUGUAGUCGGAAAUCUUCAAGAAAAGACUAUGAAAGAAUUUAAUGCUUCUAAUACUGAAGUGGUUUUAUAUUCUUAUGGAAUUGGUUUUUUCUUUCUAUUCAUGAUUUUGCUUUUUGUUGACUCUCUAUAUGACAGCUUCAUAUUUUUCAACAAGGAUCCUUUUACAACUUAUGGAUAUUCUUUAAUGUUCUCUAUAUCAGGGUAUUUUGGUGUAACAUUUGUAUUGACUUUAGUUCGUGUUUUUGGUGCAUUACUUGCUGUGUCAGUGACUACCUUUAGAAAAGCUGUAACUAUAAUUUUAUCGUUUGUAAUGUUUGCUAAACCCUUCACUUUGCAGUACGUGUGGUCUGGUCUUAUUGUAUUACUAGCUAUUGCCCUAAAUAUGUAUCAAAAAAACAAGCAGAAAAUCGAUCUUCAAAUUGAUACAAUUGUUCAUCAAAUUAAUUUAAGAUUUUGUAAAAAACAUAAACACAUUCCAAUAUCAGUAUGACCAUGGUAGAAGCAAUUUUUUACGUGAAUACAUAUAUUUACAUAUUA